AUGCACUUGAAGAAGGGGAAGAGAAGCAUUGGCACGGUAUGGCGACUUUUAUGGAAGCGACUUUAUUCGGUACAUUACAAGACAAAUACAUACUCGACCAGAAGUAGGAAGAAGUUAGUGACGAACUUUACGAGGGUGAACGGGCUUUUACUGAGCUGUAACGGUGAUACAUUCCCCUACAUGCGCACGCUGUGGAGGUAUUUCAAUGCACCUGGCAAUUUGAUGUUCGUCACAACCAAUAUCAUCACAUUCACGGGCAUUGUCGCCUAUAAUACGAUGGUGACUGUGAGUAAUGAAAGGGUCUUCGAGGAGCAGAUGAUAGCAGCACAGAUGAGCCUCGCGAAACAGAAAGAAGAGCUUGAAACCAGAGCUCUCGAUUUCCCCGCAAAUCACGAACAGAUAAAAGAAGCAGAUGAUGCUAACUGCGAGCAGCCAGCGAUCGAGCGUAGCGGGGAAGACCGAUCGGUUAAACAGCAGAAUGAACAGCUAGACUCUCCCAUAAGACACUAUAGUCUAACAGACUUGGUGCUGAACAAAGAGGCAAGAGUCGCAGAUUAUGACUCGCAGCGUGUGAAGGCAUCUCUAUUCCAUAUGCUAUACGCUUACAUGCUAUACCGAGAUACUAUACAGCCAAACAGUGACUCUCCAAAUCAUAACAGUGAGGAGUGGCGUCAUGAAGUAGAGCUUUUGACUAGGGACAAACGGCUACAGGGUGCCCACCAAAGGAUAGACGUGUUCUACGACCUAUGGAACAACCAAUUAGACAAGAUAGUGACGUCGCCUGAGAAGGUACAGAAUUUCCAACUGCCGAAUUGGUCCAAAUACCCAACCCUAUUAAAAUUCAUAUGCACCGAACUCCACAACAACGAAUUGACGACGCUGGAUGAAUUCAAACAGUUCUAUGGUAAGGUACGAUCGAACGAGGUGAAGAAGUUACUGGGGCUCUGGCUUUACGACCACUCCUUCCUUUUCCCUCGCAACAUUUACGAUAACAAAAACCAAGAGGUCUUCUAUGACACUUUGAUCAGCGACUCCAUGCAAGACAACAAGAUAUUCCAGAAAUACUCCUCCAUAGUAAUGAACCCAGAUAACGAACGGACCCAGCUGUUCUUUCCCAACAUUUACGCUCAGCCCGUCAACAAACCAAUCCCGAGUAUAUCUCUGGAAACCUACACGCGGCUGCUGAGAGGGUACAUCACCCUGCAGGAAACCAACUGCAAAUACGACUACAACGACAAUAUAUUCAAACUGAUCAGCAUCCUCAAAAUGAACUGCUUCCUACAGCAUGACAAGAAGAUACGCACGGGUGCCAGCGUCAGAAUCCUUCUGCCGAGAGAUGAAGACCGCUCCCCAGUCCUCAACACCAUCCCACAGGCAGAAAAGAAAACUUGCUACCAGAUUCUAAGCAAGAACAGAGACAUCCUUGCACUGCUGAAACGGAUAUCCGACAUCCAAAUAGACUCUUCUUAA